AUGGAGGAUCCGAUUCCCGUUCGUGUGGCCCUCACGCGCUUUGCAGUAGAUCGUGUGCAACGCAUCCUCGUCAAAGAAGCGGAGGCUGCCGUGAAGCCUGAUCAUGGUCUGCAUACCGCACGCAAGCCCACCGCUGAUGCUCCUGAAGGCGAGAGGUUGCAGUGGGUCGACAUCGGUGCCACUACGUUCAAGACUGCGACUGGCAUCAUCCAACAGCAUCAGCCACUUCUAUGGGACCUCCUGGUCUCUGUCGCGGACCGAAAUGCGAAGAAGCUGCCUACCGGAGCCGACAACUUGGACCCCGUGACCCUACGCGAACGUCGUCCUCCCGAGCUGGUCGUAUCCAACGCUAUCUCAAGUCUUGACUUCUCCCGGACGAAUCGCGCCAGCCUCGUGCCUUCCGCAAACGGCUUCCUCUACUUCUCGCUCUGCGCUCAUGCUGAGCAGUUCUCUUACACGUCCCGUCUCGGCCUCACCCCCGCAUACUCCACCAUACUGCACAUGCUCACAAGGCUCGGAGAAGAAGAUGCGGCAUAUGUCCGUGAACUUGGAGCCCGCCCCGAGACCGCUGUCUGCAUCAUCACAGAAAACGUGCAGAACUACCUCCGGCAGCGCGACGCGUGCGUCGGUCGCGUCAGCGGCAUCAGCAUUGGCAUGGCCGCGACAUUUGUAGAGAUGCCGCACGUCUCCCCAUCAGCCCUCGACUUCGACGACAAGCAGCGUCGGUUGGACGAGAAUCUCCGCGCUUCGGUGACAGUCACGCAGCUCUUGAAGCUCAUUGAUCAAGAUCAUCUCAGGACGGUCGGGACCCUUGGGCUGUUGCGCACCCUCGUCGAUUACAUUCCGGAGCUUGCGCGUUUAUCGCCAAGACGCAAAGAAGAUCCCGCUGGCCCCCAUGCUUCUCCUGUUCAUCCGCUCGGCUCCUGCGCGAAGAAUGAGACCAUUACUAGCGAGCUCAAGGACGCUCUCAUCGACUUCCUCGAUCAAACGGGCCAGGACAACACCAAGCCCAAGCGCCGGGUCACCUUCGUCGUUGGCGAUGGCCUCACCUUUGACCGCACCAUCCAACUCAAGAACUACUUGCGCUUCCACGACAACGACUUCGAGAGCUUCCGGACAAUCGAACCUGUUCUCGCACCCUGGCACACCGCAUGGACUGACCUCAGUCGCAUCGUUUCCACGCACUGGGACAACCUCGUGACCAAGGACCCAUCGAAACUCGGGUAUAGCGCGGCAAAGCUACACCGACGUCCUCCCUCGAACCUCAAGAAACCUGACUUCAAUCAGGCUUUGGAGAUUGUGGAGACAACGCACGAUGCGCACAUUCUGGACUGUUUCCGGGUCUAUUACAGCUGUGACGACAUCUUCACACACUUUUCGAGUCUCGAAACAGUACCACCCUUCAAAUCUCUGGGACGCGACGCUGCCAACGUCUAUCAUAUGUUCUGCACACACCUGGCCGGAGAACGCGCACUUGCGUGUGAUAUAGGCGCCCACAUCACGGUCGACACAGCUCCAGCUGCGGCAGGCUUUGCCACUGCCCAUCCAGCCCCCAUCACACAAACCGAGACAGGUCCCAUUGCAAGUCCUUAUGGUGCCUCACUGCAGGAUUCCGAGACGGGAACACCCAUUCCGGUAGCGGACGCGCGCGCGCGCGCGACCGUGACGGCGCUUACUCUUGAGGGCGGCACUUCGGGACUGGCGCUUACGCCCGGCACGACUCGGAGUUCAUCCGCUCUCCCUUCCACGGCACCUGUGCACUUCCACAACAGAGAAGACUGCGCUGCAGGCUGUAAGACAGGUCAGAGUUGCAUCCCUCAAGGCACACCAUGGCCAGCGCUUGUGCUCCCUCCUGGGCCAGCUGCUCUGGUCGCGGUCGAGUCUGACGGUGCAAGCUCCGACCUCGCUACACCCCCAACUGCAAAGAAGGGGAAGAAGUCACAGAAGCCACCAAAACCCUUCAACGGAGAUCGUGUCCUUGCUGAUGCGAUCGAUUUCAUGCGCGAAACCUUGACCUUGCGCGAGUGCCUGUUUGCUAUUGAUGAAGGCGAUGUCGGACGUAUAUACGAGGCUAUGAAAGUGAUGUUGUUUACGUUCGCUGGCUCCCCUCAUGGCAACUACACAUCCUAUCUCCUCGAGUUCUUCUGUGCUCUCGAGCUGGAGUCAAGUGAAGAACUACGCCGUGCCAUCCUUUCGAGCCUUGUCGUCAACAUCAAGGGGCGUCCCGGGAGCUUUGCAGCUGCCGACUUGAUACAGGAGUACUUCAACCGGCUUCUGCAGGCCAUUGCGGAGCGAAAAGGGGCAGAGUACAACAGCCCCUUUCUGCGCAAUGUCGUCUCCCGCAACCUUCACCACCUAUCCCGUCUUCGUGGCGACCUUGGUGCAGGGCCCAGGCUGCUGCUCAUAUUAGCCUGUCGCUUAGGCUACCGCUCAUAUGAGCAUGUUACUUAG